CUGCAGCCCACAAGGCUGUUGAAAUUACCGGGCUAUGGGGUAAUGGAAAGCGCGCUUCGCGUGUGAUCCGUCAGUUGUUCGCAACGAUUGCUGCUAGGAUUCGGCCGAAUUGGUGGCUUCUUCGGUCCUCAGUGGUGGUGGCCACAGUUUUCCGUAGCCAGUUUUGCUCAAGUUUGACCCUUCCUUUCUAUUCCAUGAUUCCGUUCUUGUCAAUAACAAGUGAAUUCUGAUACCAUGUUUCGUGACGUAUUCUUUGUGGUUCUCAUUGUUCUCGGGGUUCGUCAAGUGAAAUCACUUCGUCUCGGGGAAAAGGACGAUAGUGCACACCGCGGGGAAAAGGAAAUCCCUUCCGAACACACCGCGGGGAAGAAAACGACAGUCCAAAGCGAGGCAGACGGAGCUUCCGAGUGCGAGGGUCGCAAGCCGCAGUGGCUUCAGGAGGGCCCAAUCAAACGUUUGAAAGGACCAGUUUUUAAUCUUCACAUACCAGGCCCGUACCACACUGCAGGAAUGUUUGUGGGUUGUUUGGCCAGAGAUAUUGGUCACAUGGUGCCCCACGGAUGCACGAGGUGGGCAGAUUUGACCGAUGAGAAAAAAGAAGAUCUGCACUGGGUCGAUCUUGAGGAUAGAUUAUCAAGAGAACACACUUUAGAUGAUCUUGGCUGUGGGACCAACAAGUCGUCGAUACUCAGUACUAUCGUGCGCCACCCUCUCAACAUGUUUUUGCACAGGUGGUUUGCGUGCAAGGAAUUGGAAAAGCACCCUUUAGAUAAUUAUGAUACUGUUUGCCAGAGCUCGUACCCCAUGUGCGAGCCAGGAGAUAAGUCAUGCAUACAUGACAACAUCAUUCUUCAAGCGGUUGUCGGCACGCCCGAGGGAACUGCGUUUACCCGCGAGGAUCUCGAGAUGGCCAAAUCGCGGCUCCGUCAUUUCGAUUUGAUAUUCGUAGUCGAGCAUCUCAGCUACACCCUUCAACUUGCCACAACGCGCUUGGGAUGGCGUCCGGACGCAGUAUCAACUGCAUUGAAUGCUACAGGUCACAAGGCUGAGGAGAGCGACGACCAGGAACGAAUCACGAGAGGUGAAAUAACUCUCGAGCAAUGGCAGCGGAUUAUAGAGCGUAACAGCCUUGACAUUGAGCUUUACGACUACAUGCGCGAGCUCUCUUUCAGCAUGUUGCAGGCAGAUGGCCUUCCAGUGCCGCCGAAGGAUGAGCGCACCGUUAUCCCUCAAUGGAACAAAAACGUGUCAGCUGUCCGGACCAGCAGAGUGAAUUCACCGUGGGAGGACCUUGCAUGACUUUAGCCCAAUGGUCAAGUUGUGUUUUAACUUCCUGUAUUUAGGCCGCAUUGUGGGUAGGGUGCGCAAUCGAUCAUCAUCACGAUCUAUAUCUUCAUCAUCACCUAUUUCUUCUUUCCCUUCGCCAUCGUCGUCGUCUCCCUAUUUGUGCUUCUCUUGUUGCCAAUGUGAUGGUGACUUUGUAAAGUGCUGGAGACAGUGCCCACGUGGAAAGACGCUGCGAAAAUAGGAAUGAGCUUCAGCAGUUUCACGCCUGCGGCAGAGUCGCGGCAGUUUCACGGCCGCUUCACGGCUGUAUAAUUGCGGCCGGUUCUCGGUGUUUGAUUACAAAGCCAGCGAUGAUUGAACAAGCAUUCCCACGUUGCAGAUACUUCCCACUUGCAACGUUCUCGCCGCGGUCCGAACUAAGAGUCAGACCGUCGGUUUCUGCGGAGUGAGAGAGAGAGCGAGGAAACACAA